UAUUAAAACACUAAACUUAAUUAAAAGCACAUGCCUUCGCUUGUCUUUACAGCCUGAAGCUGAAGUUGAUCCAUCACAUUUUAAAAAAACAAUAACAGCAGCUAGGUUAACUUAUUAAUCGGGAUCUGCUUCAAUGUUACUUGAGCAAAACAGACUUACCCUUAAAAACUAUUUUUUAUAGAAGACUGCAUUCCAGGAUAUUACUUCUUGCUGCAGGAAAGAAUGCUGACAUAGCCCCUCUCUACCCCACAUAAAGUAUUUUAAAGCCUGUCAAUCUUUACAGUAGUAUUUCUGCCUGUUGAAAAUAAUCCAUGAUUUAUCUGGUCAUUUGGAAUUAAUGGAUAAAAAAGUGAUUGUUUUUAGAAUACGAUAAAGGAGAUCUCAAUCAACUAAAAAGUCACAAAGAAUUCAUUCUGCAUAGUCCUUCCAGCUCGAUUCAAGUCAGAUCUUUUGAAAUGAAGACUCAGCAGCAACUUGCUCUCUUUCUCUGUUUUUUAAUGCCUGUGGUGAAGUUAGCACCACCUAAUCAGCAAUCUGUUACAUUUUAUGACUAUGGAUUGGCCACUCUUGAAGAUGCAGUAUUUAAGCAAGAGUAUGAAGACACAGUAUUUAAGGAAAAUGAAGACAAACCACAGGAUGCAGUAAAUGACAAGGAAAAUAAUGGUAUGAUCAUUUUCCAUGAAAAUGAACUGCAAGUCCAGAGAGAUGAAGAGGUAUCUAAUGCUUCACCAACCAAAGAUACAGAUUUGCCUACUUGUUUGCUGUGUGUUUGUUUAAGUGGUUCAGUUUACUGUGAAGAAACAGAUAUCGAAAGUGUUCCAAUUCUGCCAAAGGAAACAGGCUACCUUUAUGCACGAUUCAACAAAAUCAAGAAAGUCAAAACCUCCGAUUUUGAUGAAAUUUCCUCUCUAAGAAGAAUCGACUUCACUGGAAACAGGAUAGACGAAAUUGAAGACUCGGCUUUUGCAAAGCUAGCAUUACUAGAAGAACUUUCACUUGCUGAAAACAGACUGCUCAAGCUUCCCGUUUUGCCUUCAAAGCUAACAAUCUUUAAUGCAAAUCAAAACAGAAUUAAAAGCAGAGGAAUUAAAGCAAAUGCUUUCAAGAAGCUGACCAAUUUAUCAUACCUCUACUUAGCAAACAAUGCACUGGAAUCUGUUCCUCUUAACUUGCCAGAGAGUCUACGUGUCCUGCAUCUUCAGAAUAACAACAUAACCAGCAUCUCAGAUGAUACCUUCUGCAAAAACAACAAUACACGUUAUGUUCGUAAUCGCAUGGAUGAGAUACGAAUGGAAGGGAACCCAGUCAUCUUGGGAAAGUACCCCAAUGCUUUUAUGUGCUUGAAAAUGCUGCCUAUAGGGUCAUGGUUUUAAAUUGCUAAUGAAACUGGAAGUGGUUAAAAAGUACCGUAUAUACUCAUGUAUAAGUCGACCCGCAUAUAAGUCGAGGCACCUAAUUUUACCACAAAAAACUGGGAAAACUUAUUGACUCGCGUAUAAGUCGAGGGUGGGAAAUGCAGCAGC